AUGAGUCAAAAAGAACGAGGUAGCAAAAUGGCCGUGGGACACACUUCCUGGAUGCAUCGCGGCGGACGGUACAUCAUGCCCUUGGACCCGGUAUUCUCGGACUCGGGCGACGACACCUUGUUGUCCUACACAACCGCCAAGACACGACUUGUCUACAUUCUCAACCAGUCAAAGCCAACAAUGGAUCUGAAUAUCACAUGUACCGGGAAGAAGUGGAACAGCAUGCAGAGCCGCGACGGUGCGGUGGCUAUGAUCGGGAGCGAGUACUUCUCCAUGGGGCGUCGAAUACAAAUCCGUUUCAACCCUUCUACUUCUCUCCGUCGAAAUCUCUCUGAAAAGCUGAUACGUCACGUUCGCUCAUCGUCAGUGGAUUCUUCGCCGUCGUCGCCGUCUGCGGCUGCUUUGAUAUCGGAUACCCAAGAUAUUGAGGAUAUGAAGGCGAGUUGUGUCUUGCCAUACGCGGCUGUGGCUGCUUCUGUCUCGGCUUUUGCUUUACCCGAGACUAGGCCCGAGCCGUCAAUAGUAAGAAUCCAGGAUGUGAGCUCGAGGGGGUCGAGUUGGGAGACAACGCGGGCACGGAGUUAUGACAAGUCAUCGUCACUCGGCGAUGUGGUCAAUGCCAUUGGCGGCAUGUUCUACCAAGCUGCUGGAGCCGUGGCCCAGGCCGGUAGACGCGUGAUGGGACAUCCAACCGACGCCCACGACAUCGGAACCGGCCACGCAGCGCCGGUCGUACUACAGCAAAUAACAAGUGAAGAUCCGAGAUCGCGUCAAGAAGAAGCAGACAAAGGGGAGAAUCUCUUGACGUUGAUCAAAGAGAGCGGCAUGCAAACGGAGUACUUCACGACGCUCCUCACCUCAUACGACAAGGUCCACGACAUGCUUCUCAGCAACAACGACGAGCAAACGCAGAAACAAGAGCAGUUCACGAUCUUCGUCCCCACGGACUCGGCCUUUCGGAAGCUCGAGGGCGUUUUCGAACUCAGCCGAGCGGAGCUACUCGGCGAGAUCCUCGAGUACCACGUUCUUCCGGGGCGGUAUACUUACCAAGACCUCCGUGGUCUGCGGACGGCGGAGACGGUUCUCGAAGAAGGUGGGGGCGGGGAGCUUCGACGGCAGAGAGUGAGGAUCACGGAGGGGCCAUCGGGUGUCGAGAUCAACUUUUACGCCCGGGUUCUCGCUUCCGAAUCGAGGGAGAGCGGGGAUGGUGCCGUUGUCGUCCACUUUAUAGACGAGGUUCUGAUUCCGCCGCCGCGGUGGGAUAUACUCGUCGGUGCUGCGGUGCCGGAGGAUACGCUGGGGGCUUUUGCGAAGGCGAUGAAGCGGAGCGGAGUGAGCGAGGAAGUUUUGCGGCGCCUGCGCGGUGGCUCUGGGAUCACGGUGUUUGCGCCGUCGAAUGAGGCGUGGGAUAAGUUGGGCGAGGAAGCGAUGGAUUUCCUCUUUUCUUCGCGGGAGGGGGCCAAGUUUCUCGAGGCUUUGGUGAGGUAUCAUUUUGUUGCGGAGGUGAUUUAUACGGACUUUUUCAAAGGCGUGGAGAUGGAUGAGGAGGAGAUGGAGAAGAAGACCGACGGGGGGAGGGACCUCGGGGAGGACGCCGACGGGGCGGGGCGGGUGCGACGGGAUGUUCAGACUCUGCUUGACGGGGCGAGGGUCACGAUCGAGGCGGUGGUUUUUCGCAGCGCGGGACGUACGGGUGACGCUGGACGGCCGGUGGGCGUGGUGAAGGGGGGUGUUGGUGUGAAUGGGGCGGCGGUAUCAGCGAGAGAUGUGCCGGUCAGGGAUGGCGUUGUGCAUAUCCUGGAUGAGGUGCUCUUGCCACCGCCAGCGCCGCCGUUAUUGUCGUCGACUUCGUCUUCGAGGAGGAUUGGUGUGGAGGAACUCAAGAGGCGGCUGGCCCGGUUUGUUGAAUUAGGAGAGGAGGGCGAUUGGAGCGAAGAGUUAUAG